GCAACUACCCAAAUUAUUCUAUGAGCAUAACCUCAAAUUUUUGCAAACAAAAUUGAAAAACUUAUUUUUGUUAUAAUUUUUAAAUGUUUUGCAUAAGAACUAAGGUCGCUUUGAAAAAUACAAAACAUGUCAGGAAUAUAACGAACAAAUCCAUUUUGAACGAAAUUAUAAGAGUCAAUCAUGCAGGCGAAUUGGGAGCGGAUAGAAUAUACGCGGGUCAAAUGGCAAUCCUAGGAAACACUUCUAAAGGGCGCCUUAUUCAACACAUGUGGGAACAAGAGAAGGCCCACAGAGCCAAAUUUGAAGAACUUAUAAGAGAAAACAGAGUUCGGCCAACAGUUAUGACCCCUAUAUGGGACAUUGCUGGAUUUUUAAUAGGCGCUGGAACAGCAAUGCUAGGUGAGAAAGCAGCAAUGGCUUGUACUGUUGCUGUUGAAACAGUUAUUGUGGAGCAUUAUAAUGAUCAGCUCAGGACUCUGCUCGAAGAUCCAGAGAAUAAUAAAGAAUUAAUGCAAGUCAUAACAAAAUUUCGAGAUGAAGAACAGGAACACCAUGACACAGGAAUUGACCAAGGUGCAGAACAAACACCAUAUUAUCAAACUUUGUCCAAUACUAUAAAAGUGGGAUGCAAAGCUGCAAUCGCAAUUUCUAAAGUUAUCUAGUUUUUUCUUAUGUUGUGUAUUGCAAUCCAUUAAAUGCUAAUUAGAAUUUCAAUAUUUCAUUUAUGCCCCACUAUAAUUUACUUUUAAGAGAAAAUAUUCUAUUGUAGCUUUGUACUAAACAUUUAUUUUACCUAUUUUUUCUUUUCGAUAAUGUCGUAUGGCCAGUAUUUACAAUAU